ACCGGUUACUUCAGGUUUUCUAUUAUAUCUCAGGUUCUGAUGUGAUCCUCCUGAUGCCAAGGCAGGUUCUUGGUGAACAAGACAAAAAGGAAAAUUCUCAGGAGAAGGAGAAAGAAAAGGUUCCUGCAGUGUUAGAGGAUACUGAUGUAGUCGAGCAGUCAGGAUGGAAGGUCGGAGCCUUUGUAGAUGCUCUGUGUUCUAAAACAGGGGCCUGGUUUCUAGCUCAAGUUCUGAAGGUGAGUAAGGACGAGAACAGCAAGACUGUGUACACCAUCAAGUACACAGAGUACGAAGGGGAGGUUGACUUGGAGGAGUCCAUGAUCAGAGAUAUAGCAACGGUUAAGGUCGAUUUUAAUGACAUAAAGAUUGGAGAAACUUAUAUUGUGAACUACAACAUGGAACACCCGGACAAGUUAGGCUUCUGGUACGAUGCUAAGGUUGCUGGGAUAAAGAAGGUAUCUAAGACUAUAAUCUGCAGCAUCCGGGACCAGGAUAAGUGUAUAAUCACAAAUCUGGAGAUAUAUAAGGUUCCCGGUCCUGAUUUCUCUGAGAUGGAUUGUGAUAAAUGUCUGAAAAAUCCUGCAAGGAAAUGUGUUCAGUGUGGAUGCAGGAAAUGUGGCGGGAAGCAUGACGAGGCGAAUAUUAUCAUGUGUGACGAAUGUAACAGUGGAUACCAUACUCAAUGUCUGGGUCUGGCUUGUAUCCCUGAUGAAGAUGAGUGGUUCUGCCCAAACUGUAAGAACGAGAAUGAUAUCGUCUGUGCUGGUGGGAAGUCCAUGACAGCCAAGGAUAGGAAAACUGGAACUAGUCGGGAUUGGGGCAGAGGACUGGCCACUGAAGGUCGAAGCAAGGAAUGUACGAUCGUACCAAAGGAUCAUUUUGGACCCAUUCCGGGCAUCGAAGUUGGAAUGUGCUGGCAAUAUAGACUCCAGGUUUCAGAGGAGGGCAUACACAGGCCUCCUGUUGCCGGUAUAGCAGGCUCCGCUAAGGGAGUGAUGGAUAAACGAGGUUGCCAGAGCAUAGUGUUAAGUGGAGGUUACGAGGACGACGUAGAUAAUGGAGAUUCAUUCACCUAUACAGGAUCAGGGGGUAGAGAUCUCUCAGGAAACAAGAGAACUGCAGAGCAGAGCAAAGAUCAGGCUUUAGACAGGAGCAAUGAGGCUAUUGCUUACAGUUGCAUGGUUCGUCCUGUGUCUUCUAAAGGUGGAGAUGCUGGGGAAAGGUGGAGGGAGGGAAAACCUGUCAGGGUUGUACGAGCUUACAAGGCCAAGAAACAUUCUACUUUUGCUCCGGAGGAAGGAUUUAGGUAUGAUGGAAUAUACAAGGUUAAGCGCUACUGGCAAGCCAAGGGACAAAGUAACUUCAAGGUCUGGAGAUACGAGUUCAUCAGAGAUGAUCCUAGCCCUGCCCCCUGGACAGACGAGGGGAAAGCAAUAAUAGAGAGGGAAGGAUAUGUCUGUAUAAAGAAGAAUCCGGAACAAGCGGAGGGGAAAGGAACGAAGAGGAAGGCCUCUAACGAUGAGGGAGAAGAGGAGGUUGUAAAGAAGAGAAAGCUGUAUGAUAUGUCGGAUGAGUGGAAGACCUUGAUUGCUGCGGACACGAGGAACAAGAAGAUGUGGGACCAGGUGUUAGAGAAGGAGAUGUUCAGCAGGACGGAUUUACUCAACCAGGUGAAAGAGACCCUGACCUGUCAAAUCUGCUACGAGCUUCCAAACCAGUAGGUUACUACGGAUUGCGGGCACAAUAUCUGUCAGGACUGCCUGGUCACGAGCUUCAAGAACGAAGUGUACAGUUGUCCAAGCUGCAGAGCUGAUCUUGGUAAAGAUAUGGACACUGCAAACAUCAACAAAGAUCUUGAAGCUGUUCUGGACAAGAUGUUCCCGAGGCUCAAAAAGUCUGACUAAUCUCAGCAGACCGGUUCCUACAUAGUUUACAAACGUCAAGAAGCUCAUUCCUUUUCUUGUAAAUCUUUUUUUGCCCAAAGUUGAUCUCAGAAAUAUCUUUGUAUACCUGAAACCGUUUUUAGAUUUGAAACAAACUUUAAAUAUUUUGAAAUUUUCCUAUGAUAUUCUGCUUUUAUUUUAAAUGUUUAAAUUGGUUUAUAGAAUGUAAACGAGCUUAAACCGAACUAGAUAUUGUAUUUUAAGUCAAAUUACGCAUUUAAUGACUGCUGAAACUUAUAACCCAGCAUUGCAAGUCAAGUCGAUAAGAUUAAACAGCGGAAGGUUUAACAACAUAACGAAAAUUAAUUGUGAUCCAAUAGUACAACAGAUGUUAAAAGUAAACGAGAAAAUCCAAGUUAACAAAUCUGUGAUCAUCUUGUCUCACCUUUGCACAACAUUUUACUAUUUAGACCUUACAGGCUUACAUUAUUUGAAUUCCACAAUUCGAGAAUUAAAUUCUGUUUUGUACACAAGUUGAACUAUCAGUGCUCAAUAAAAAACAUAUAUUUUUAUCUAAUUUUUUAGA